AGUGAUGGCAACAGCCAUCUGUUCCAGAUGCGCGUCUGCUGCGUUCGGCUUUGGUGCUUCAACGACGCGAUAUGUCACGGCUUUAUGAAUCAUGAAGGCGAGGCCUCCGCCGUUGUUGUGCGUUCUGUCGCGUCGCACCGGAUCGUUUUAGAUUCGAUCGAGCGGUGAGUUUUGUUUCUUGGAGAGCACAGAGAAGUAUGCCGUUGCUUUCCAAGUAGUUGGUGAUUUCAGCCAGUUUGCUCGUCAGGCCGUUGCAAUUGAAUUGCAAUAUGUGGAAGGCCACGGGUGUAUGAUGUUGAGGAGGUUUGUGAGCUACCGGAACGGGCUGUUGACAGCAGGGUGCAGUGAAAUUCGCGUUCCAGGCGUUCACGUUUGGUAGUGAUGAGCAUUUGCGAUGAUGGCACCAUUGUUGGCAUUUGUUGCAUUUUACGGAAGUGGAGUUGUUGCGGAUGAUGAGUUUGCAGACGGAGCAGAUCCAAACCGGGGGGCCCGGGUUCGGUUCAAUGCCGGCCAUUAACAAAAGCGAUCGGAGCAGCCCGGCUGGCGUAGGUCGCUCCGCGGCCCAAAAAAAUGACCCGAUGGUCGUUUUUUAUAUGAACGUAGCUACAAUAUUCGUCAUGUCCCGCCCUCUCCCCUACAGGGCGCGGGGGGUGAGGUUCUCCCUGGGGGCGGCAACUGUGGACCCUGAGAGCGCCUCCUACGAUCCCCGCCCCCUCAUCCCCUACCUCGCCUCCUUGGGGGUACCCUACUUCUACGAGCGCCAGGGCAUCCUGCAGCAGGCGCUGCAGCUGCAGGACGUGACCAGCAUCUGCAGCUUCUGCUCGCGCAUGAAGCGUGGGCGUCUGUACGCGGCGGCGCGCGCCCGCGGCUACGGCGUCCUGGCGCUCGGCCAGCACCUCGACGACCUCGCCGAGAGCUUCCUCAUGUCGGCCUACCACAACGGCAGGCUGCGCACCAUCAAGGCGGCCUACACCGUCAGGGAAGGCGACCUUCGCGUCAUCCGCCCCCUCGUGUUUGUCCGCGAGAAACACCUGCGGGAGUUUGCGGAGACCCGCGGCCUGCCGGUCAUCCCUGAGAACUGCCCGGCCUGCUUCGCGGUGCCCAAGGAGCGGCAGCGCAGCAAGCAGCAGCUGGCGCAGCAGGAGGUGACCCUCAGAGAUGGAGGAGACGGUGGAGCCCUCAGAGAUGGAGGAGACGGUGGAGCCCUCAGAGAUGGAGGAGACGGUGGAGCCCUUAGAGAUGGAGGGGACGGUGGAGCCCUCAUAGAUGGAGGGGACGGUGGAGCCCUCAGAGAUGGAGGGGACGGUGGAGCCCUCAGAGAUGGAGGAGACGGUGGAGCCCUCAGAGAGCGCCAGGCUAUUCCCUGA